AUGACAGAAAGCUAUGAUGCCGACCGGCCGACGGUCACCCUGAGUCAAGGUGUGGUGAAAGGAAUCAAAGACGAGAGUUCUUUCCCAAAGGCCGUGGAAAAGUUCUUGGGAAUCCCAUAUGCGCUACCGCCAGUAGGCGAUAGACGUUUCCGGCCGCCCGUCAAGGUUGCGCCGUCGUCGGAUAUCAUCGAUGCUUCAAAGUACGGAUACAUUGCCCCGGCAAAGCAAUUCAUUGUCACGGGUCCCAAGCUAGAGUCGAGCGAGGACUGUCUCACGGCCAAUGUGUUUCGCCAGGCGCCGCAGGCUGACAGCACGGAGCUGCUGCCCGUCGCCAUCUAUGUCCACGGCGGUGCCUUCAACCGUGGCAGCGCUUCCAUGCACAACACGGCAUCAAUGAUAGGCUGGUCGGCUGCGCCGUUUGUUGCUGUCUCUUUCAACUACCGUAUCGGUGCUCUGGGAUUUCUGCCUUCAGCUCUAAGCGCCAAGGAGGGUAUCCUGAAUCUGGGACUGAAGGACCAGAUCCUCAUGUUUGAGUGGGUUCAGGAGAACAUCAAGCAGUUUGGAGGUGAUCCAAACAACGUGACACUCUUUGGACUCUCGGCUGGUGCUCACUCUAUUGGUCAUCACCUGCUUGACUACGAAGAGGGCAAGAAGCCCCUCUUUCACCGGGUUGUCAUGGAGAGCGGUGCCCCAACAUCACGGGCUGUGCGUAACUACGAUGCCCCCAUUCACGAAGAGCAAUUCAAGGCUUUCCUAGCAGAGUGUGGCUGUCCCUCAGACUUGCCCGAGUCCGAAAUCAUCCCUUUCCUCCGCACCAUCUCUACAGAAAAGGUCGCCAAGGCCCAGGAAAAGGUCUUUUACGGCUACAACCCGUCGCUGCGAUGGGCCUUUCAGCCCGUGAUUGACGGCGAGAUCAUCCGGCGGCGGCCCAUUGACGCCUGGCGCUCAGGCAAGUGGCACAAGCUGCCCAUCAUGACGGGCUUCAACGGCAACGAGGGCUCUCUCUACGUGAACAGGCAAAUGGCCACUUCUGACGAGUUCACCAACUUCUUCCAGACCCUGCUGCCUCAGCUCGAGCCGGCAGAUGUGCAGACUAUCAACGAAUUAUAUCCCGACCCCCUGACGACAGCCGAUUCGCCCUACAAGGAGGAGCGCGACGGGGUGGGUGCCCAGUAUAAGCGUAUUGAAGCCGCGUACGCGCACUAUGCCUAUGUGGCCCCGGUGCGCCAGACUGCCCACCUCGCCUCCCCUUCGGCGCCCGUGUAUAUAUACCACUGGGCCCUGGAGACCAGCAUCGUCGGCGGAGCCAGCCACGGCGGCAACAUGCGGUACGAGGGCAUGGAUCCCGCCGUGCUCAAGAUUUCCCCUUCGCAAAAGGACUUGGCCGGUACCCUUCACGCCUACGUGACGAGCUUCAUUUGCACGGGAGACCCGAGCGGUCUCGCGGGCGCAUAUGGUGAGAGGCCAACAUGGCCCGCCUAUCAGAACAGUGGUCCCAAGAUUAUGAUAUUUGGACAGAAGAACAAGGAGCUUCUUGGUGGUAGCGUUGGCCCGCCAGCCGAGGUCAACGAUGAUGUCUGGGCCAAGACUGAGUCUGAUUUCUGGUGGAGUAAAGUUGAGAUCUCUCAACAAUGA